AUGCGAUCCAAAAAGACACAAGAAGUCGAAAAGACCUCCGAGUUCAACAAUGCUGUCAAGCCUGAUCCCGUCAUUGCCAAACCACCAGGCGACUGCUGUCUCGAAGGCACAAUUCACGAUGGAGAGCCCAGAGGUAUCACAACGACUAUAGCUGACGUCGAGACGUAUAUCGUGGAGCCGCCUAAGGAGAAAGCGAACGGCAACAUCUUGCUUUACUUCCCGGACGUCUUUGGCUUCUUCACCAAUGGCUUCUUGAUCAUGGAUGGGUUUGCCGAUGCUGGGUAUCUGACGCUUGGGUUGGACUACUUUCGAGGAGAUCCUGUGUGGAAACAUCGGAAGCAUCGUAAGGACACCACCACAGAGCCAAACUUCGAUUAUGAAGCGUGGAAGGCGAAGCAUAUGGCAUUUUCGAAGGAUGCCGUUCCCGCUUGGGUGAAAGCCGUGAAGGAGAAGUAUGGUAAGCCUGGGAUCAAGUUCGCUUGUGUUGGAUACUGCUAUGGCGCCCCGUAUGUCUGCGACGAGCUGUCGAGCAGCGGUAUAUGUUCAGCUGGCGCUUUCGCACACCCGGCGUUCCUCAAUGAGUCGCACUUCUUCAACCUGAAGAACCCAUUGUUCCUCUCCUGCUCCGAGAUCGAUCACACGUUCCCGAACGAGUUCCGGAAUAGGGCUGUCGACAUCAUGCAAUCAGGGAAGAAGCAAUUCCAGGUCCAGUUGUUCUCGGGCGUGGAGCAUGGUUUCGCGCUUCGGGGAGAUCCCAAUGAUCCGUACGAGCGCUACACCAAGGAGCAGAGCUUGAAAGGUAUUGCAGAGUGGUUUGACUUCUGGCUGUCCCAGGAUCCAUCGGAGAAUGCCAAACUAUGA